AUGAACUACUUUGACGACUAUGACGAGCCCCUCGCGGACGACGGGCCGAUGAGCCACGAGCCGCCCGCUGCCGUUGCCUCGCCACCAACGCUCGCACAGCCUGGCCAAGCCGCGGGUGCUGCAGCCGCAGCUGCAGGUGUUGCUAGUCAACCUCGCUCAUCCGGCAAUGCGACGAUAUACCAAACCACGGGCUCCGAUGCCUACACCUCGGCCAUCAUGUCGCCUGGGGGCUCGGGCCCCGCACUGAACCCGCGCUCUUGCGUAACCUGCCGCCGUCGCAAGGUGCGCUGCGACAAGCAGAUGCCAUGCUCCAACUGUCGCCGCGCCCAGAUUCCCUGCAUAUUUCCUGCACCGGGCCGCGCCCCGCGUCAGCAGAAGCCAAAGGACCCCAAUGCGCCGCCCAAGAGUUCCAGCCAGCGCGAGGUUGAGCUGAUUAAGCGCCUGCGCAAGCUUGAGGGCAUCGUUGAAGAGUUGAGCGGGCAAAUUGAGGUGGAAUCUGGCAGCGGCCGCCAGGCGCACUCGGAAUCUCCACGCGUUGCCACGAGCGGCGAAGCCUCUUCGCACAGCCAAUACUCUUCUAGCCUGGAUUUAUUUGGCGGUCGGCCGGCUAGCGAGAGUGGUCACGAAACCAAUCCCGACGUUCUGCGGAAACGAGACGUUAGUCAGCAAUUCGGUCGAAUGGUUCUUGGUGAUCACAAAGGCACGACCAGAUAUGUCAGCAGUGGUUUCUGGUCAAAGAUGAAUGACGAGAUUAAUGCUAUUCGCGCCGAAACACAGAAGCUCACCGACGAUGAUGACGAGUCCGAAUACGACGAGUCACCCAUGCAAACGCCAGAUACCUUGGGCACACUCAAUGACCACCACUCAUUUAUCUUGGGCUAUCGAUCCGCCGAUGUUGACUUGGGAAAGCUACAUCCGCUCCCCUCGCAUGCAGCAUUCCUUUGGUCAGUUUAUCAGGAAAAUGUCGAGCCUCUAAUCAAAAUUCUCCACGUGCCAACCAUCGAUGUUUUACUGAGAGAAGCAAGAAGAGAUGCCACUACAUUGUCCCCUGCCAACGAGGCCUUGGUUUUCGUCAUAUAUUUUUCUGCUAUAACCGCUCUUGAAGCAGAAGACGUUCAGACAAACUUUGGAGCUGACAAGUUCGCUCUGCUCGCACAAUAUCGUUUUGCCGUGGAGCAGGCGCUAGCCAAGGCAAAUUUUCUAAACACAUCUGAAAUCACCGUUCUGCAAGCCUUUACGCUGUUCCUGCUUGUUAGUAGGCGCCAUGACGAUAGCCGCUUUUGCUGGUCUCUGACAAGUCUAAUUGUGCGCCUCGCGCAAGGCAUGGGCCUGCAUAGAGACGGCACGCACUUCAAUUUGCCACCCUUUGAAACGGAGAUGCGAAGAAGGGUGUGGUGGGCGCUUAUAACGCUAGACCUACGAUCCGGAGAGGAGCUUGGUACUGACAUGGUUAUUCCGGACGGAGGUUAUGACACACAGCUUCCCUUGAACAUCAACGACGCCGACAUAAGCAUAGACUCCAAACAUUUCCCGGAACCCCGUGAAGGCCGAUCGGACUGCGCCGUUGCUGUCGUCAGAUACGAGAUUUGUGCCCUGGCGCGUCGCAUUCAUUGUGCGUCUUCUGCCAUGAUGAUGAGAUCAGAAACGAGUAGCAUCGCCGAAAAGGAGCAGAUGCUCAUCGAGGUGUACCGGCGCAUCGAGGACAAGUUUCUUCGGCACGUUGUUGAUGAGAUGGAUCCCUUGUACUGGGUUGUUGCCAUGAUCACACGCGUCAUCAUGGCCAAAACGUGCUUGGUGAUAUACCACCCCCUUCUUUUCCCUGGUGCUGAAGAGCCGCUGUCCAACGAAGUCCGUCAGAAGCUUUAUGUUGCUGCGAUUGAGAUCAUCGAAUGCAAUCAUAAGUUGAGAACCGAUCCCCGCUGCAAGCAAUAUCGCUGGCUGUUCAAGACUUACACAACUUGGCACGCCAUCUCCUACGUUUUGGUGGAAACUUGCCGCAGACCCUGGACGCCGCUGGUCGAGCGUGCAUGGCAUGCUGUAACUGGAUACGAAGGAGACCCGGUUGAGCUGGCUAAGAAGGCUGAUCAUGCUGCGGUGUUCAUUCCACUGCGCAAACUCUUUGCACGCGCACGACGACACCGUGAAGCUGAGAUUACCAGGCUGCGCUCCAAUCCGGAUGAAGCACGGCGUUUGAACUUCUCGGAGCGCAUGGAUCCAGGGCCUGCUCGUUUUGGACCUGUGCGUGGUGCAGAGCACAUCAUGGACCAGGCGAGAGAGCGCUGGAGACUACUCAUAAAACCCGAAGGUGCCAGUGCCUCAUCUUGGCUUGGCUCGAAAGCCGUAGGUGGCAGCCGCAAGAUGCCAGCAGAGGAAAAUUUUCAACCAACACCGGCGCCUACUGAUGCAGGCAUCGUCACUGGUCAGCCGAUGGAAGCAGGCCCGUGCCCGUCACCCUUUGAUAUCAGUUAUGCAAUGAACUUUGUGGACACACUAAUGGCUCAGAACAAUGUGCCUAUGGCUGACUUUUGGGACAUCAGCAACUUGGAUCCAGCUGCUGCCAACGUGAAUCUAACCACCCAGCAGGCGCUAAAAGAUCCAGUCCUUGGAAUUCAGACGCCCAAGGAUGACAGCGGGCAGCCUCUUCUCUGGGCUGACCCCUUCUCUACUGCAGGCAUCAAGCUCGACGACGUCCUGGCUGACGAUGCAGAAAUGGGGGAUGAUUUCAAUUGGCAGGAUUGGAGCCAGAGCAUUCGCGGGCUGGAGCUCGGAGCCUCCCAAUCGCAACCUUUGAACCCAAAUCAGUGCUGGCCAUAA